UUCUUUUUAAGAAAGAGAAUAUCCUGUAUUAAACUUGUCCCAAAAUCUAAAAGAAGAAUAGUGUGUGAAAUAAUGGCAACCGGAGACUUAAAAGGAAGUUUACGCAAGCUAGAACAAGGACUUCGCUUGUUAAACUAUGCUAGAGAUGUGGAUUACACAGGCAGUUUUGUAAAGGGUGAUCCAGCUGCGUUUUUACCCAUCAUCAGUUAUUCCUUCACGUCCUUCUCAACUUACAUAGCAGAACUUUUGGUGGAAUCUGAUGUAGAGCUCACGGCUAAAAGCGAUUUGCGUUUUAUUGAAGCUAUCUAUAAGCUACUUCGAGAUCAGUUUCAAUACAAACCAGUUUUAACAAAACAGCAGUUUCUCCAGUGUGGCUUUGCAGAAAGGAAAAUACAGAUUGUUUGUGACGUUAUCAGUGCUGUGAUGAAAAAGCAUAAGGAAUUAAGUAAUAUGAAUAAGGCUAAAUCUCAAACAAGAAAAAAAAACAGGUCUUUAAAAUCUGAGUCACAGGCAAAUUGUGAGAAACUUCUUGCUGAUCCUGUUAUUUGCAGGACUGUGAUUUCUCAGCAGAAACCUCAAGUGGAACAUCACCCAGAUAGUGAAGUUAAUGUGCAUGGCUAUAAUACAGCCAUUCCAGUAGAAGAAGAUAGUGAAGAAGAAUCCUGUGUAGCUGAUGAUGUUUUAGAAGUUGUGUGUGAACAAGCCACAGAAGAUAAUAGUCAAAUCGAGCUGCUAAAGAGCCAGCUUGCUGAUUGCCAAGAAAAACUUCAUAAGCUAAAUUCGAUGGAAGAUAAACUACAUGUUUUAGAAGAGAGACUGAAAGGGAAGGUGAUUAUAGAUGAGAAGGACUGGAAUAAUCUCCUGAGCCGGGUCUUGCUUCUCGAAACAGAACUGUUAUUGCAGUCAAAAAAGAUAUUGAGAGGAAGGAGGAGAUGCCAGAGAGUCUUCAUCAGUCGUCUGGAUACAGUUCACUAUUAUCCACAGACCCAUCUCCUAAAGCCGUAACCAUUAAUUAUCAUGGUUUGACAGAGAUUUCAAAGGAGACAACAAGACAAAGAAUGGAAAGGAUAAGUAAAAUGUAAGUAAUAGAAAAGGGCAGCAGGAAUUCAUUUCCCAGUAGGGAAUUGUACUGGACUAAGACAUAUAUAGAAUGUGCAUAUGUGUUCCAAACCUCAAAGGUCUCUACAUCAGGUGUGGCAUUUCCUUAUGACUCCACUGGAUAAUAAAUCCACUUACAGUUCUGUGUUUGUGGGAUGAGUCACUGUUUUGGUUUGUAACAAGCAAUAUAAUGCAUUCUUAAUGGUAUUAACUAGAGAUUAAAGAGUGUUUAGAAUUUGGUUGACAACUAAUAGGAGUAUUAUCUGUCUUCUGAUAAGAGUUUACUGGAACUACAUAAAACUUGUGUUCAAACUUUGAGGUGAAAUUUUAAAUGAAAAGAGCUAGACCAGUUUCAGACCAGGCAUCACAUAAAGAUACCCAAAAUAAUAAGCAGUAUCUACUGCUGGUUCUGAGAUUUGUAAUGAAAAUUUACAGGUAGAAAUAACUUUCAUUACACUUGCUGAAGUAAAAUGAAAUGCAUCAUCACAGUGCAACUUCUAUUCAACAAGAUUUCUGUAUCAUACAAAUGAGUUACUUCAGGAAGCUGAAGUCAUUAAUCUUGUCUGCCACUUUGCAAAAACCUAAGCUCUCUGAUGGUGACAGCCUUUUUAAGGCUAAUUUGUGAUAUACAAAGUGUCUAUUAUCUCCUCCAUUAACUUUAUUUUUGUGAGUUUUGUUCCUUCUCUAUGUAUAUUUUUUUAAAUGUCUCUCUCAAAUAACAGCAAAUCUAAUAGCCUGACCAGUGUAAAAACAAACAAACAAAAAGUCAGAAAUGCUGCUUUGUUACUUUAGCUUCAUUCAUUAAUAGUAAAUGUUUGUUUUAGUCUUUGUUUUAACCAAUUUUAAAAAUAUUUUUAGGAUUGAAGAAACUUCAGAAUUGCUGAAAAAUUCAAAGUAACACAUCGUAGACAAUUUUCUGUCUAGACUUCUGGAUC